AUGGAGUCACUGAUGACCAGUAGAAUGACAGAGAUAAUGGCGAAGGAUAGAAGUCUAGGCGAGGGUUUGAAGCUUCUAGAAAAUCCUCAAGCUCUCUCUCCACUGGCCAGCACGUACAGAUACACAACUUGCAAUUUUGACAAGUCUGAUAUACUCAACAUGAAAAAAUCUCCUUCCUUUGUUUUCCUGAUCUUCUCACUCCAUUGCUUCAUAUCCUCCUUAGCCUGGAUCGAUGCAAACAUCACUACUGAUAAAUCUGCACUUCUUAGCCUUAAAUCUUUAAUCACUUCAAAUCCAUAUGAUUCUUUAUCUACUUGGUCUGUCUCUUCUUCUACAUGCAAUUGGGUUGGUGUCACCUGCAAUACUCGCCAUGGAAGGGUUCGUUCCUUGAACCUUGGUGGCAUGGAUCUUAAAGGUACCAUAUCUCCACAAUUGGGGAAUAUCUCAUUUCUUGUUGAACUUGAUCUUAGUAGCAACAGUUUUUAUGGUCAAAUACCAAGAGAGUUAGUUCAAUUGCGUAGAUUGAAACUAUUGAACUUGAGCUACAAUGACUUUCAUGGACAAGUUCCAGCAUGGAUAGGAGAUUUAUCCAUAUUGGAGUACUUAAAUAUUGGAAAUAAUAGUUUUGAUGGAUUUAUUCCACUAUCUCUAUUCAAUCUAUCAAGGUUAGAGAUUUUACAACUUACAGUUAACAAGCUUUCAGGAAUUAUUCCCCAAACAAUUUCUAACUUAUCUUCACUUGAAUUGCUAAGAGACAUUCCCAAUGAGAUUGGUGAUCUUUCACAACUAAAGAUGUUGUACCUUGAAGUGAAUCAACUUGUUGGUUCUAUACCAUCUUCAUUGUUUAACAAUUCAAAGCUACAAGAGAUUGAACUUUCAAUGAAUCAAUUAUCAGGGAGUCUUCCAACAAAUGUGUGUCUUGAGCUUCCAAAGCUUGAACUAUUUUUUGUGGCUGAAAAUGAUUUGUCUGGCGAAAUACCUUCCAUUUGGCAUCAAUGCAAAGAAUUAGCGCAAUUAGAAUUAAGUUAUAACAUGUUCAACCCAUGA